ACCACCGGCUACUUAGAAAUCCACUCUCGCUCUCGCGCUUUCAGCGUCUAAUUCGUCGUGACCCUUUCCUAACCCUGAGGCAGGAUCCCGACUUGCCCGAAGCUCGAAGCCCCGCUUUCACACAAACACCCGAGUCCCGACCACUCAACCGUGGGCAGCUGUGUACAGAGUACUUCGUACAUACAUUCGGAAUCGCUCACAGUCUUGUUAGUUGCUUAGCUGCGGCUCCCUGGGGCGAAGAUGUCGUCGUCAAUCAUACGGGCUGCUCCCAUCGUCGUCCCGGCGACCGCAAAGCACACGGCGACCGUGAUUUUUGCCCAUGGCUUGGGAGACACGGGAAACGGCUGGACUGUCACCGUUCAGUCUUGGCGCAAGCAAGGGCGCCUCGACGGGGUCAAGUUCAUCCUGCCCCACGCCCCUACCAUUCCCAUCACCUGCAACUGGGGUACGAGAAUGCCGGGGUGGUUUGAUAUCCACACAAUCGACGGCAACGUUGAGUCUCUCCGUCGCAACGAGGACGAGAAAGGAAUCCUCGAGAGCCAGGCCUACUUCCAGGAGCUGAUCCAGACAGAAGUCGACUCUGGCGUUCAAGUGGUCCUCGGGGGUUUCAGCCAGGGCGGUGCCAUGAGCAUCCUGAGCGGGCUAACUGCCAAGGUGAAGCUGGCGGGCAUCGUGGCACUUUCGUCGUGGCUGCCGCUGAGCGUCAAGUUUGCCGAGCUGGUGCCCAAGCCCGAAAUCAACAAGGAGACUCCAAUUUUCAUGGGCCACGGUGACGCUGAUAGGGUGGUACCCACCGCGCUGGGGACGUUGUCGUACGACCUGCUGAAGGGCUUGGGGUAUAAUGCCACUCUCAAGAUCUACCCUGGCAUGCCGCAUAUGACAUUCACGGAGGAGCUAGAGGACGUGGAGGCGUUCUUGGUAGAGAGCUUGCGAGCGGCAGAGGACAAUGAGGGCAAGUCCGAGCUCUGAACUUCUGAAGUACCUACCUAGGUAGGUUUUACACUUGGGGCCUGGUAAUACGGGUUGGUCAUGGGUGAGUUGAACUUGCGGAGCGAUCAGGGCAGUUUUGAUAGAUCGAAGACUCCAUAACUUAAUAACGAGAUGCCUUAUUAUUACGGAA